GCGGGGUUGCUGCUGAAGUGGCUGCUGCUGACGCGGCUGCUGCUUUUGAUGCUGUUACGGUAGCUGGCACUGGAAGGUGCAGUGGCUGCUGCUGCAGAAGCGGUUGCUGUGGCUGCUGCUGAAUCGGUUGCUACUGCCGCUGCUGUAGCGGUUGCUGCUCACGCGGCUGCUGUUGUCGCGGUGGCUGCUGACAUGGUCGUGGAAGCUGCUGUUGGUGCUGCUGCUGCCGCUGCUGAAGCGGUUGCUGCUCACGUGGCUCCUGCUGUCGCGGUUGCUGCUCACGUGGCAGCUGCUGAACUGGAAGGUGCUCUGGGUGCUGCAGCGGUUGAUGUGGGUGCUGCAGCUGCUGCUGAAGCGGUUGCUGCUCACGUGGCUGCUGACGUGGCAGGUGCGGACGAAACACCUGCUGACGUGGCAGAUGCUGACGAUGCACCUGCGAGAACAAGGAACAGAAGAAAUGAGGAGGAGGGGGAGGAGGAGGAGAACGACCACGACGACGAGGAGGGUGCUGAUAUCAUUGCGUUGAGUCAGAGGUUUCAGACGCCCGUCACUACAGAGGCCACAAUGAGGGUUGUCGUGGGUGGUUGUCCACGGGCGAUUGACGUCUCAAGUAGGAGAGCAGCCGUGCAAGCGAAUGUGCUCUCACGAUGCCUCACACUCUCACAAAAGGCGAUCCAGUUCUCAGAGCCAUUUGUGCCGAUUGUAGCAGCGGGACCUCAGUUGUGCGCGAUACCGCAGCGGCUGCAAAAUGGACCGGCUUCGGAAAGGGCAGGCACAUUCAAGCAAAGCCAGAUGGUAGCGAGAUCGGGAUACCAUGGACGACCUUGCAGUGCAAGAGAAGCGCAAAGGAAUGAGAGGUGUGUUGUAUUUGGCAUGUGUCGAUUAUCAUUACAGGGGGUGAGCACCCCGAGAUCUGGGCCUGAUUCAUGCUCUCGGUGUGCGUGGGCUGCGUAUCGGUGGUCUCAGUCUUCUGUUUUUGGGUGUGUGGGAGGGCACGGGGGAGGGGAGGGAUGCAGACUGUCCUCCUCCAGGUUCCCUUUGUCGGAUUCAGAAGGACGGGGGAAACGAAGACUCAAGAGCAAGAGAAAGCAGGGUGCCAUCAUUCCCCAGGCAAAGAGAGGUGACARCAUAGACUACGGAGAUCRGAUCAUCGCAUCARYGGCRUACUUCUUGCCCUUUUUGGACGGAGUGGAUUACGGUCGCUAUCUGUUGYGCGAGUUCCCGUUGAUGCGAAAAAUGAUUASUCCUUUGGCGYCYGUURUCUCAGUUUAUAACUCCAUUCCCUUCGGCAGCUUCAUCSCCUUCUUCUUGCUUUACUUWGYCGUUGUGMAGAACACACGCUAUUCCYGCUUCGUCCGCUUCAACACUAUGCAAGCCAUCACUCUCGACAUCCUGCUGAUUCUCCCUCGUCUCAUCGAGCGAUUAAUCAGUCCCUCUAGUGGCUUUGCUAUUCGCCUCUUCGUCAUUUUCUACAACACGGUUUUCCUAUUCUUAUUAGCCAGUUUUGUGAAGUUUCACAAGGGUUGUUAACCUAUAAAGAUGUCCAUAUGGUUCACAUGCAUGCUAGAGAUAAACUUUGUCUUUUGUC